AUGUCUCAGGCUUUGGACGACGUCUUGAAUUGCAAAAUGUCUGAAAGAAAAGCUUCUCAGGUUUAUAAUAUAAAACGUUCCACAUUAAAAAGAAAGAUUAAGGAAAUAAAAGAAAAGCCUGGUUUGUCAAGUUCAGUUAAAGAAGAGCUUUGCGUGCAGCAAACUCGUGAAGAGAUAAAAAAACGUCCCAUCAUGAACAAAAGGAAAUUGCAACAAAAUAAAAAAAAUCAAAUAUCCGAAGAGAGCAACAGAGUAACAAAAAAAAAUAAAAUUAAAAGACAAUUAUAUGCUGAGAAGGACAUAUGCGUCAUGUGUGGUGAGGCUGGCCGAGACAACGAAAUGUGGUUUCGUUGCAGAAAUUGUGCCAAGUGGGCUCACGAGCUCUGCACGAGUGUUUCUAGUGCAGUUGAUUACAUUUGCGAAUUUUGCAUACAUGAAUAA